AUGAUCGCUCCCUGAACUAAUGAACACUCUAGCGCCUUUGAUUCCGCAGCUGUGUGUAUUAUUAUUAACUGAACACACGGAUCACAUGACGUUCCACUGGCAAGAGCGCAGCCUUCUCGCAUUGGCGGCACUCGUCUUCCUGUUGACUGUCGCUCCCAGUCUCCAGUGUGAGUCCAUGCCGGAGAGCACUGGUGCCCAGUAUAACGCCACACAAGCCUUCGUCGACUCGCAUCUAUCCUCCCAGCCGGCAGCUGCAAGUCGGCAUUGCCAGUCGCUCUCCUUGAAGGCACGAAUGGAUAAAUAAGGAGCGAGAAUGGCGGAUAGAGAAAAAAGAAAACCUUCUCCAUCUGGAUCCCCUUUUCUGGGAUUGCAGAUUGCGUCGCCGCCAAAUUUCAGGCUUACUCAUGAUAUCAGCCUGGAAGAGUUUGAAGAUGAGGAUCUCUCAGAGAUAACAGAGAUUACAGAUGAAUGUGGGGUGAGCCUGAACUGCAAUGACAGCCUGGACAUCAAGAACCAUGUGACCCGGGAUACCAAUAGCACAGCGGGGAUAGCAGGUGGGAGUGAGGCCAGCAAGCUGCAGGCAGAAAUGCUUCAGCUGGAUUUGAUUGAUGCUGUGGAUGAGAUACAAGACGAGGAAGCGGAGUUGCCCAUCAAGGAGCCUCCCGUGAAAGAACCCCUUCCUGUUACCAUGGACGCCUACAGACCUAAGCGGCCAACCACCCUAAAUCUCUUUCCACAGGUGCCUCGGACUCAGGACACCCUGAAUAACAACUCGUUUGGGAAGAAGUACAGCUGGCAGGAAAAAGUCUCCCGGUCGUCGUCACCCUUGAAGACAGGAGAGCUGACCCCAACCCAUGACCACAUCUGCCUAAGUGACGAGGAUAAAGUUCAGCACAACACCACGCAGACCAAAGACAAAGGCACCUCCACUGAUGCUCCUUGCCGUCGCACCUCCUCGACUCAGAGCACUGGGGGCACACGGUCCAAACUACAUGAAAAACCCACAUCGGGCCUACAACAGCAGCAGCAACAGCAGCAUCACAGUAAAGGUUCUUCAGAAGGUCACAGGGACCGCAUUCGUUACCACACAGAUGUACGGCUAGAGGCCACUGAGGAAAUCUACUUAACCCCUGUCCAGAAAAAUUCAGACUCCUUGGAACAUGAUAAACCUUUCCUCUCUCAGUCCAGUGAAAACCGCAUGUCCAUUAGUUCAGACAUAGACACUACACAUUGUCAGUCACUGCCCAACAGAACAAACCCUUCAAUUAGUGAAGAAGAUGAAGUGUAUACCACUACAAAUACCUCAUCAGUAGAACACAAGAUGAAUGUUAAAAGAACAGCAGAUCAUGGAGGUGAUGCUUUUCAGGCAACCUCUUGUAUUCCACGGACGUCUGUCAGCUCUGAGGCUAGUGGCCUCUCUUAUGAUUCGGUCAAAUAUACUUUAGUAGUAGAUGAAAACAUGCAGCUGGAACUGGUGAGUCUCAAGCAGUGCUAUUCUGGUUACAGCGAUGACAGUGACUCUGCAACCAUCUAUGACAACUGUGUGUCCUCACCCUAUGAGUCAGCUAUUGGUGAGGAAUACGAGGAAGAUGCAUUGAAACGGGACUCGGUGUGCCUCUCUGAAGACUCUACUCCUGAAGUAGACAUGCCUUUCACCAAGAAAUUUCUUAAUGUCUUCAUGAAUGGACGAUCACGAUCCUCAAGUGCUGAUUCAUUUGGGUUGUUUUCCUGUGUAAUAAAUGGAGAAGAACGAGACCAGAGUCAUCGUGCUGUGUUCAGGUUCAUCCCACGACAUGAUGAUGAGCUUGAGCUGGAUGUGGAUGACCCUCUGCUGGUGGAGGUUCAGGCAGAUGAUUACUGGUAUGAAGCCUACAAUAUGCGGACAGGAGAGAGGGGUAUCUUUCCAGCAUUCUAUGCUAUUGAGGUGGCUAAGGAGCCUGAGCACUUUAAAGAAAUGGCGAAAAGCAGCGACUGGGUGGACAAAUUCCAUGUAAAAUUCCUUGGUUCUGUGCAAGUGCCGUAUCACAAAGGGAAUGAUGUUCUAUGUGCUGCUAUGCAAAAGAUUGCAACUAACAGACGAGUAACAGUGCAAUUACACCCACCUUCUAGCUGUAUUUUAGAAAUUAGUAUACGAGGAAUAAAAAUUGCUGUUCAAGAAGAUGCCAGCAGUGACUAUGAAAGGCAAUUUGCUUGUGCUGGAAGGAAACUGGAAAGAAUGCUUGCCUUAGAAUCUGGGAGUAACAGGUGGAGCCAUUUCUUCCAGCUAAAGAAUAUUUCCUUUUGUGGGUAUCAUCCAAAGAACAACAAGUACUUUGGGUUUAUUACUAAGCACCCAGCUGAUCACAGGUUUGCCUGUCAUGUCUUUGUUUCAGAAGAAUCUACCAAACCUCUUGCAGAAUCCGUAGGGAGAGCAUUCCAUCAGUUUUAUAAAGAAUAUGUGGAAUACACAUGCCCAACAGAAGACAUAUAUUUGGAAUAGACGCACAAGCUGGCCUUUGUACAUUUAACAUGUAUGAUAAUCUAUUGCAUGAUGGAGAAAAUAUGUGCAAAAUAUUACAUUCAGUUUACAGAAGGACAACUGCUGAUUUGUCAAGAAAACAUUGUUGGAGAAUAAUUAAACUACAAAAAGUAUGCAAGGAGAAGGAAGAGCACCGGUUUUGUGCAAUCAUGGUUUAGUUAUUAAAUAAAUUGCAGAUAAUAUCGAGUGGAAAUUAGACACAGGCAUUCUCUUUCAGCCUCUUAAACUCUUCAUGCAAAAAGCAGAGGUCUGACCAUUUCUACUAAGUAUUUUGGUAAAAAAAAAAAAAUAAAAAAAAUAAAAACUUAAUGCCAAUGUAAUUUAGAAAAUAUAAGAUGGUUCGUUGCCCACCUUUUUUCUUAGCACAAAGGGAUGAACAAAUUAUACAAUGUCUUGUUUGGACUUGGACUUGAAAUGACUCAAUAACAGUGAAGGUAUGGAAGAUUUAAAGCACUAUUUACGUCUUUCUUUGGGGAAAUUAUAUGGAAAAGAACAUAAGUGUUCUUAUUCUGACAGUAUUGAUUUGAUCAAAUUUGAUUUAAGAGCAUUGGGUAUUGGUUAUGAAUGGCAGUGGAAAAGGGAGGCAGCCUGCUGUGAGGUGCAUAUGAUGUUACAUUAAUGAAAUAAACUCCGGACCUUUCCUUGGGCAUUAAACAAAAAAAGUACUGCAUUGCAGAUAAAGACAUCCUGUAAGUUCGAUGGAGGGUUUGUUUUUUUUUUAUAGCUCCCAGCUAAUAUAUUGUUUGCAGAAAUUGUCUAAUUUUGUAUUGUUAUUUAGCAGUUCCAUCUAGAAAUUUGUUCAGCUAUGUCUGUUAGAAUUCAAACAUAGUUACUCAUGUCUAGCAGGGGUUCUGAACAUAAAAAAGGUUUAUUGUUGCACUUCUAAUAUGAGACUAACACUCAGUCAACCUCCGGACACUUAGUAGAGCACAUCGAGUAAGUGAGCUAACUAAGCAAAUGCUUGUGUUUCUGCAGCUUGUGUGAGGCCCCCCACACUUACAAAGAGGACAGUUUGUCAGCAUUUAAAUAAUGUCAGGGGUAUAGUGGGCAUCUUAAAAUUGAAACACCAGUUAAGAGUCCCAACAAGACUAGAAAUGCCCUCAUAACUUGUUCCUUGUUUGCUAUGAAUUUCUCAGGGUAUAAACUCCCCGUGGCAUUCUGCUCCAUGUCAACUUCAGUCUGUUGAAAACGAUAUGGUCAUGAGCAUCUCCUUCGAAAAGCUCAUUUUGUUUCAUCAUCACAGAUAUUCAUUUGGAUUUAAAUUUGGUUAAUGGGAAUGCAGCUGUUGUAUUUCCAGAAGUUUCAGAACUUUCUAGACUUGUACACUUAUAAGUGGUUGUAAAUAGCCAUUCACAGAUGGAAAUUCUGUUAAGGCCGAUGUUACUUUGUGUACUUCUAGUCAUUGGGUAUUAUAUGACUGAUAAAUCUCUGGGCAUGUCAGAUUUAGUGCCUGCAUGGCAACUUUCCAGCACAGUUGAGCUUGCUCUUUUUUCUGACAACCAAGAGCAGGCUGCCUGACAACACCAGUGCUGUGUGGAGGGUUAACUGGCAUGGCGAGUUCAGCCGCAGUCUUUUCUUUUUCAUCGUACAUAAAACAUGCAACAUUAAACAGACAAGCUUCUCUUCUGUUUGUGACGACCAAAACACAUGCAUUCUUUAUUCCCUGACUUUGCAUCAUGUGCAUUGCACUUCAGGAUGACCACUGAUUGGUUCUCAGCUCUCACCCAUGCAGAGGCCUACUACUAAAGGCAAAAUCAAACUUAUUUAAUGCUGUCUAGAUGAGUUACAGACUAAAUGGAAUGAAUUACAUGACUGGACUUCAUGGGAGUACACAGCUGAUUGUCUCUGACUCACUAAGAUUAUCUAAAGGAAAGGUACAAGUUGAAAUCGCUGGAAAAUUCAUCUAAUGUCCAUUAAAUGUCCAUUAACACCUGGCUAGCCUGUGUUAUUAAAUGUUACUCUACUCAUAAAACUUCUUUAAAAUUGCCCAUUUACAGUAUGCCUGCAUUCUUAACAGUCUCCUGGAUAGGCCUAUAGAGUUGCGGCUUUCACCAUAUACUUGUCUUCCAAUCAGCAUGCAUUGGCAGUAUUCCUGAAUAUGUGUUCUUUUGGUCGCUAUAACCAUGCCUUGUUGUUGUCAGCCACUAUAACCUAUCUGAGAUACCUCUUUGGGUAAAAAUAUCUGAGCUUUGCUCUUACUUGACAAACUGUAGCUUAACUCUCAUUUAGGUCUCUGUCACUGGAGCACCAUUAGCUGGGUACAUUCAUGGUGGUGACCCAUUGUCAAUAUCCCCAUUACACUGCUGACUUCAGAUGCCUCAACAGGAAUGUUGUUUGUGGUCUACGUCAGUGUUUUCUGACCUUUAUGGUGUCACAACCCAGUUUUUCACUUGAGAGUAUGUUCCCGACUUACCUUGUGGUCCCCACCAUGAAUUUAGCGCUGUUGUCUUUGUUGGGAGGAAUGGAGUGGUCCCCCUUGGUAAAUAAAGCAUGAUUGUCACAGCAGGAGUUGGAGAGGUUGUCCAGGAUAGGCCAUGAUCCACUUACCAGGCUGCAACUGUGAAUCAACUGUGCUUGCUGGAGCACUGUAGGGUUUUAUCUAGGGUUGCCAAUGGCCCACAGCUUGGGAAAUUAUGGCUUGCUUACGUCUGUGCUUCUGUGUCACUCUGUUAUGGCUCAUCCGUAACAAAAGAAAUGAAGUGAUGUUUCAGACCGGGAAAUGAAAAAAGGUUGAAGGUCAAAUUACCAGGAUACCAGAGAGCUCAUAAAUAACCAAAAAUAGCCAAAUUUGUAUAGAAAACUCAUGAUGGAAAAGGACAGGCAAGAAAAUCGAAAAUCAGAAUUUAGUUACACAUGUUGUAAAUGUUGUUUUUUUCCCCCCAAAUAAGAUGUGCAUCAUGCCAGUAUAAAAAGUGUCGCACUAAUGAUGUCACGUGUCACGUCGAGCAGAAGUCAGCCCCCGCAAGUGGGGUUAGCGUCUUGAUGACUGAUUCACAAAAUAGCAACACAAAACAAAGAACAAAACAGCAAUGUUAUAACUAAGGUACAUAACGGAAAAUAAAGUAGAGAUAGAAAAUACUCCUAGAGCCUUAGCCCAAAGGUACUUCGUAGAAAAAAGUGCCAUUUCUACAAGAAAGAUGUAAAUAAUACUCAGGGAAGACCAGAACAUAAUUUUAAUGGUAACAUUCACAACAAAUUCUAAUCCACCUACGUUUACACUCUUGCCCAUCGUCCCUUUGAAUUACUUGCACACCCAAAACCACUGGUACAUACCUACCUGCCUGUAAAUAGCACUCUGUUUAAACAUUUGCUAUUGCCACUAACAGAGCUAACUAUGGCAUGGUGGGGGCACAUAGGCUUAAUUAAGUGGCUCUUACUGUAUACUGUAUAUAUCGAUACAUAUUUAGUCAUUAUAAAAGCACAGGACUUUACAGAUUUGCCAGUUUUGAACGUUGUGAGACCAUCCAGUUGGCAAAAAUGGCCAUUAGCAAAAGCUGGGCCUCAUUCCUGUUUUAUUUUAAAGUACAUGUCCAUGGAAUACAGUGCAGAAACAACUCAAAGUUUAAUAAUCCUUCUGUCCACAGCUGACCACUUGAGAGCAAGUGUAAGGUCUAUAAAGAUGUAAUCACUAAAGUAACAUCCAUCUGGCACGUGAUCUCCAUACUUGUGGUCCAUACUGUCCCUCAUAAUAAAGUCCACAAUGUCCUGUUCAUUAGCUCUCAACUAAAUGACCCAGUUUAAAACUGGAGUAGUGUGUUACUGGAGCCCAUAAUCCUCAUUUAGUGACAUUUGCCACAAACUUUAAAGAACUGUGUAUUCUUAAAGGAAUACUCCACCCAAAAAUGACAUUUUUUAAAUAUGUUACUAACAUCACAUUGUUUUUCUUAAAGGGCAAAAAAAAAAAAGAAAAAAAUGUUUAAGAAUAGAGAUAGGCGAUAACACAUUUGCUGCUGCCAUAGGCUUCAGUAAAGCUCCACAUUGAAGAACAUCAAACAAUGUCAAACAUCCCUGAAAAACACAUUUUUUUUUGUGGCAUAAUCCACACAGCAGGUAUCCAGUUGUAUGCUUACCAUGUUCCAAACACAUGUAUUUUCACUAAAAUAUCAUUAAAUCCUCUCUGAAGAUUCUGUCAGACUCAAAUUUAUAAAUGUUGUGUUUGUCUCCUGGUUCUUUUAAAAACUGGAAAAAGACUCGCUCCUCCUCUCAGAAAUUCAUAUAAAUUGACUGUUAUUGGAAUCCUGCCUUUGAUUGGUUACAUCAUCACCGCCAUACUUAAUCCCACAUGACCCUGUGCCACAAUAAACUGCUUUAUAAAAUGAAUGCGCCUCAGCUAGCUUUGUUUUCAGUGUUUCAGAAUAUGGGGGCUGCAUGGGUUUGUCUUUAAAGCCACUGAGUGUUGUUUGGUCCAUUUAUGGACUGAAAAAACAGAACAUCUUAUUCAAAAUGGACCAAAUUAUUUUUGUAGAUUUAGGCCAAUUGAAGUACUUGAGCUCCAGGGCUACCUUUAGAUUAUGAAAGAAAGUGAAGGUGAACUUGAACACAGUUACCUUUAUUGAGGGAUGUGUUGGUAUUCUUGUUUGUGUCAUUUUUAAUUUUUUACUCAGCAUUAAAAAAGCAAUAAAUAUGCAAUGAGGACUGGAUGUUAGGGAUAAGAAACAAGCAGCUCGGCCAUCAUUUGCACUGUUUGUAUGUUUACUUGUUGAGAGAUAUUUAGACUAACAGAGAUGUUUUAACAAUCACAUGGGGAGCUUUGUAAGCGCAGCUUCUAGAUUGGAACUCUAAACCAAUGUGUUCCAGUUUAGGGUCAUGAAAGCCAGCGUCUGUUCAGGCAGCCCUCAAUAAAAGGCAGGAGUGGGGUGGCCACCCAUCAUAAUGUACAAUUGCUCCUAUUGUGCCAGUUUAGAGUUGGCAGUCCACUGAACUGCAUGUGUCUUUGGACUAUGUGAUGAAACUCAAAAUGUUAUGAGCGGAAGACACAAACUAUAGAGAGUGCGGCUUUCAAAUGACAUACUGUAUUUGACAAAGAUACCUGUGCUGCCCCAGAGCGUAACUCUGAUUAACUAAACAAAUUGGGGUAGCUAGGCCACUAAGACAUUGAUUAAGGAGACAGGCAAGCAAGCACCCGAUAUUAAAUUUAGUUCUAAUAACAACAGCGAUGAACUUCUCCAACUGUUUUACUGCCAUUGUGGAUUCCCAAAAAAAAAAUUUCAGGUGUAAACUGUCCGAAGUAAAAUGAAUUAAACAGUCCACCUGAGGUGUAAUAUAGCCCAUUACGGUCAAGACAAGCCAAAAGUCAAAUCAUGUCCUCGUGUUACUUCACUCGACAAAUUUCAUAUCAAACUUGAGUGCCUAAUACAACUGUGUUGUACAAUUAUUAAUCUGAAAGAGUUCUGGUAUGCCCCCAGAAAGCAUUAUGAAACUUAAAGAACGCUGAACUAGCCAAGUGCUGGGGGUGCACAGAAUGUGCGUGACUCUGUCAUCUUAAUGUCCACUCAUAAAUAAGCACAAGGGGAUCUCUCCCCACUACAGUGAAGGAAAGCCUGAAGAUGUGAAAAAUGGACUGAAUCGGUUCUAACAGAAGACGAAUCGCUGAACACCAAGAGCAUUUCCAUUCCAAGCCCAAACUUGACUUUAUUUAGUGUUCUUAAUUAUGUCCAUUUAUACUUUUAUGAUUUUAAUUUUUUGUGGGCAUUCAAUAACUUAUUGAAAAAUGAAGUGUUUUGGAUUUCGAUUGCAAUCAUGUGGGGGAAAAAAAUAAAUUCAAGAUUUAAGACCUCCAUGGUGGUUGUAAAAUUUCCCAUAUUUGCGAUUCCUUUUGAUCAAUUAUUUGGUAAGCCAUAUCCAAAGACUUGUUUUCAUGUUGUCUCAUUAAAACUCUCAAGUCAGCACUAACAUGGAAAGGUGGAAGUAGUCACAAGGUUUAAAGGUAUGACAUAAAAAAUUGUAACUCCAAUGUUACAUUGUACCACUUCAUACUGUAGUGUGUGAAAUUCUUAUUUCAGUUUUUGGAGUGUGACAUUUUGCUUUAUUUAAAAGUUUAAAGCAGC